AAGUAUGGAUGACGAAUGUCGUGCUCGUGCUAAGUAAUGGACGAUGUCGAUCGCUUUUGCUUAAAUAUUUUUUUUAAUGAGUUAUAGUCUAUUGCCUGCCAAGUUUUCAAUUUAUAAAAUUAGCUUAGUUUAUGUCUUUAAUUAUGAAGUAAAUUAAAUCUUAGAAAAUAUAAAAUAAUAGUAAAACCGCAUAUCGUAAGGUUAACGUUUUCAGUAAAAACAUUCACUUUUAUUAUUUGUUACUUAUAAACGGAGAUAUAUAAUGUUAGCAAAAUGAAGUGCCACUAUGAUGUAUUGUGCAUAACGAAGGAAGCGAGCUCUUCUGAAAUAAAGAAGGCAUAUCGCCAACUAGCAUUGCAAUGGCAUCCAGACAAAAACUUGGACAAACUGCAAGAGGCUAAAGAGCAGUUCCAACUGAUUCAGAAUGCUUAUGAAGUCCUCUCCGAUCCGCAGGAAAGAGCUUGGUAUGAUAAUCACCGAGAACAGCUUCUUAGAGGUGCAGGUAGUUCAUAUAAUGAUGACAGUCUUGAUGUUUACCCAUACUUUAGUCCGUCCUGCUAUAAAGGCUUCACUGAUGAUCCCCAAGGAUUUUAUGGAGUAUACUCUGAGGUAUUCUCUAAACUAGCAUCUGAAGAAACUGAUUUUCUUGAUGAUCCAGAGGAUGUAGCUCAAAUUCCUAAAUUUGGCAACUCAACUACUCCUUAUGAAGAAGUGCACGAAUUUUACGCCUUUUGGAUGGCAUUUUCAACCAAUAAAAGUUAUGUGUGGUUAGAUCAAUAUGAAAUAUCCCAAGGCGAUAAUCGAAGAGUUAUAAAAUUAAUGGAAAAAGAAAACAAUAAAAUCAGACAAAAAGCUAGAAAGGAAAGAAAUGAAGAAAUCCGACGUCUUGUGAGUUUUGUACGUCGAAAGGAUAAGAGAGUUAUUGAACAUACAAAAUUAUUGCAAGCAAAAGUAGAAGAGAAUAAAAGAAAGGCGGAACAAGUUCGAAGAGAAAGGAUAAUGCAACGGCAAAAAGAAAUUGAAGAAGCAAAAAUAAGAGAGGGGGAGUCCUCUUUUUUACAAAGUGAAGAUUAUCACAAGAAACUUAGCGAAAUUGAAUCACUGUUGGCUGAGGAGUUUGGCCUGUCUUCCGAUGAUGAUACUAUAAGUGAAGGUGGAAUGGAAAGCAGCAAUGAAGAGAGCUCCAAGACUGAAGAUGUUAGUGAACAAUCAAAAGUUCCUGGAAAAUCAGCUACUAAAUCAAAGACAGUUGUCAAAAAUCUAUAUUGCACAGCCUGCAACAAGCUAUUUAAAAAUAUCAAUUCAUUUGAGAAUCAUGAAAAUAGUAAAAAACACAAAGAGAAUGUAGCAAAUAUGACAUUAGAGAAUGACAUUGAUAUAUCAGACAAUGGAGAUAAUGAUGCGGACAAUGCUUCUAGCAAUGAACAUGACAGUGGAAAGAUUAACGGACAAACUGAAGAAGAAGGGGAACAUGUGGGUAAUUCAACAUCUGAUAUUGAAGACAAUGAUAUCAGAGAAACGUUAAGUGAUGAUUCUGAUAAAGUACAGGCUUUACCCAAAAGUCAGAAAAAAAAGAAAAACAAAAAGAAGUCAUUCAUUCCAAUGCCUGAGAGUGAAGGGAAUGAUAGUCAUGACGAGAUGAGUUUUAACGAAAUAGAAGGUCCAGCUCGAAGUAGAAAGGCAAAGAAGUUCAACAUGCUAAAGAGCCAAAUACAGGCUAAAAAAGAAGCUAAUCUAAAGAAAGGAUCUCAAUCACAAACAUCUACAGAAAACUUGUACGAAGUAUCAAGCACAACGCCAACUGAUGAUGCAUUGGGCGAAGCAGCAUUACCCAGGGAUAGGCCUGCGUUACCUAAAAUGCAGAGGAAUAUUAAACCAAAGAAACCGAUGGAAAGGAAACCAGUUAGAACGAAAACUAGUGAAACGGAAGAUUCAAGCACCGCUUUGACUCUCAGAUGCGCCAUCUGUCAAACAGAUUUCCCUUCUAAAAAUAAGUUGUUUGAACAUCUGAAAAAGACGGGCCAUUCAGUGCCUCUUCCACACACGAGCUUCACACAAAUGAAGAAAGGCAAGAGAGCUAAUAGAUAAAUGUGCAAUCAAAUUAGAUAGGAUUUAAACUAUUAAUUAUAUUCAUUGAGAAUCUUUGUGAUUUUCUUCAAAUCUCUACAAUCUGUAAAGUGACUUUAUCAAUUUAUUUAUUAAAUUAUGAUCACUCAAUAAAA